AUGGCUGCAAGCAUGGUGAACAAGAUGCUGGAAAGGCUCAAUCUGGCCUCCAAGGACCGUGGCGCCCCAGCUAGGGAGCCUACCGAAGAAGAGCUGAAGUCGUUGCGUCAGAAAUACGAAAAAGCCAACCAAGAACACGUGUUUGCAUUCUACGAUGACCUAGACACAGAUGGCAAAGGCGCGCUGUUCGAGCAGCUCUCCGGCUUCGAUCCGGACCGAAUCAAUAUCCUUGCAGACAAGGCUUUACAUCCUCCGAAGGACUCUGCACAGGCUCCUUCCAUCAACCCUCUGCCUGAGUCAGCUACGGCUUCCCUCCUCGAGACCACCGACGAGCAGAAAGAGAAAUGGUACAGGGAGGGCCUUAGUAUCAUCGCAAAAAACAAGGUGGCGGUGGUGUUGAUGGCAGGUGGGCAGGGUACAAGACUGGGCAGCUCUGAUCCCAAGGGAUGUUUUGACAUUGGUCUUCCCAGCCACAAGUCGCUGUUUCAGAUGCAGGCAGAACGCAUAUGGAAGGUGCAACAACUGGCCAAGCAGCAUGCUUCUGCUUCGACGCCUCCUGUUGUACCUUGGUAUGUCAUGACCAGCGGCCCUACGCGAGCGCCUACGGAGAGGUUCUUUCAAGAGCACAACUACUUUGGAUUGGACAAAGCGAACAUCGUCAUCUUCGAGCAAGGAGUGUUACCGUGCAUAUCUAACGAGGGCAAGAUCCUUAUGGAGACCAAAUCCAAGGUUGCUGUUGCUCCGGAUGGCAAUGGCGGCAUCUACCAGGCUCUGGUGCUCUCCGAAGCCCGGGCAGAUAUGCGGAAGCGUGGUAUUGAACAUGUUCACGCCUACUGUGUGGACAAUUGUCUGGUGAAAGUAGCUGAUCCAGUCUUCAUUGGCUUCGCCGCUGGCAAGGCGGUUGACAUUGGCACGAAGGUGGUCCGCAAGCGAGCUGCUAACGAACCAGUUGGUUUGAUCGUAGAGAAGGACGGCAAGCCAGACGUGAUUGAAUACUCUGAGAUGGACCAGGAGAUGGCCGAGGCCAAGGACACCGGCGACCGUCUCAAGUUCAGAGCCGCCAACAUUGUCAACCACUAUUACUCAUUCAGAUUCCUCGAAGCAAUCGAGGAAUGGGGCUACAAGCUUCCUCACCACGUUGCCAAGAAGAAAAUCCCUUUUAUGGAUACAGAGACCGGCCAAACCGUCAAGCCUGACAAGCCCAAUGGUAUCAAGCUGGAGCAAUUUGUGUUCGAUGUCUUUCCCUUUGUACCCAUGGAGAAGUUUGCAUGCUUUGAGGUUGACCGCAAAGAGGAGUUCUCGCCCUUGAAGAAUGCACGUGGGUCCGCGGAAGACAACCCGGACACCAGCAAAGCAGAUAUCAUGGACCAGGGAGCUCGGUGGCUUCAAGCUGCAGGGGCUACGGUCGUGUCUGAAGGCAAUGCUAAGGGUGUCGAGGUGUCUCCUCUCAUCAGCUAUGGCGGCGAAGGACUCGGCUAUCUGAGGGGUAGGGAGAUCAAAGCUCCGGCUGUCAUUGAAAAGAGCCCACAGGAAUAA